GAACACAACUGUUGUUUUAGGAUUCCUGAUCAUCUGCUGCGCCAAGAUAUUUGCGUCUACUUACAACUUCUCCCCAUCUGCGGCUUUUUGUCUUCAACUGUUUUGCUGCUGAGUUUGGCCGUAGACAGACUGAUGUCGUUGCGAAAAAUCUAUUUGCUGCUCGAUAAAAAGUACAGAGUUGCUUACACGAUUGCACAAAUCACAGUUGUGCUUUUAUAUAUUUUCUUUGUUGGGAUAUGGACACUCAUAAAGAGAACCACGACCAAAAGAGUUUUCUGCGUCAUAACUGCUCCUUUGACCGGCAACAUUUACACUGUGUGUAUGAUGUCUAUUGCAGUGAUUCGAUAUAUUGAUUGUCAUCUGUUACAUAGUGUUCAUCCGCAUUUUGAAGAAAGUUCAAAUCAAUUACGACACUAUGAGGAAUAUUUACCGGUCACUUCAUCGCCAUCAGUCUUGCAGUUCGUCUUCGGUUCCUUGAGCACAACUGUCGUCGGUUCAUUAGUUGAGGCUCUUCAACUGAACAUUGAGAGGGCAGAUGUGGAUCUGGUCGCAGGACUAUUUAUAAACUCUUCUUGUUCUGUCAACUUCUUCAUACUUUAUACCACAAGCAAAGAUUACCGUCGAAUCUUCCAAGAACACCUAUUUUGUACGCAGUUCAAAAGCAAUGACGUGGCACGCGGAUCAGAUAUUUUUACAAUGGUGUCUCAAGCACGUGUCAUUGCCCCUCCAUCGAGCGCCAAGCCAAGACGCGUCACAGUUGCUUGA